CACCCAUUUCCAGCAGCAGCUCCAAUUGAGUUAGUGGCUUAGUCGCUGCUGCAAUUUAAAGUGCAACGACAUGAUUUUGCAUAUCCAUUUAUUUUGGACUCUUGACCCGAUCCGACAAUGGGAAAUCUUUUUUCAAAAUCGACCCCGCAGGUGCCAGAGCCAACAUCAGGAAAGAGAAGAUUUGACCCUGAUGAAGACGGUGUUACGAAGCGUCCACGUUUAGCAGACGACGAUGAAGCUCUCGUGACAGAAGACAUGGUGGGCAUCGCCAUGUAUGUCCGUCCGGAAUUGCCUGGAUUCCACUGUAUUAUCAAAUACAGAGCCGAAGAUUUUUUGGUCAACGAAGUGGAUUUAAGCGGUCAAGUUGCGCAUUUGACGUCUUUUGAGUUACCGACUAUCAAGACUUCCACUGAAGGAAUCCUUACUGCGCCUGAACUUGACAAACGCGUCCAAGAAGUGCUUGGCGAAGACUUUUCCAAACAGUUCCGUCACUUUUUAGACAAUCCAGACAAUACCGAAAAUACCAUUUCGAUCCAGACCACCCAAGAAUCCCGUUAUAAAUUUUAUCGUAUCAUUGAAAAUCACCUCGACACAAAACUGGCCCUCGUAUCAAGAGAUGGCCUACUGAAGGUGUCUUGGCCGACAUCCGACACUGAAACGCGCCCUCCUUUCAUUGACUACAACGAACUUGGAGGCGAGUAUUUGCAAUUCAACGUUUAUAAAGCAGGCGUGGAUACCAUGGGCGUCGUCAACUUGAUUUCCGGUUAUUCAAAGAUUCCCAUUAAAAACUUUGGUUACGCUGGAAAUAAGGAUUCACGCGCUAUUACCGUACAAGCUAUGACUUUGCGCAGAGGACGCCCUGAAAAACUUGCCAGUAUCCGCGAAGAUCUUGAGAAGCGUGACAUUUACAUUGGCAAUUAUUCUUUUGUGCCUCAAGGUUUGACUCUGGGAGACUUGAGCGGCAAUCGUUUUACAAUUGUUUUACGCGACGUGACGGGAUCCUCGGAAGCAACCAUAAGUGAAUCACUUGAAUCCUUGAGAAAAACAGGCUUCAUCAAUUAUUUUGGCAUGCAACGAUUCGGAUCCAGUGCUAUCAUGACGCAUGAAAUUGGACGAGAAGUAAUGAAGAAGAACUUUGAAGCUGCAACGGAUCUGAUUCUGAAGCCAAGAGCAGGAGAAAAACUUGAAUUCGCUAAAGCCCGGCAAGUAUGGUACGAAACUCGAGAUGCCACCGCUGCGUUGGCUUUGUUUCCCAAGCGUGCUCGUGCCGAGAGAACCAUUAUUGGAACUUAUAUUCAAUCACCAGGCGAUCACAAGCGAGCCAUUGGGGCUUUGCCAAGGAAUUUGCGAACAUUGUAUUGUCAUGCCUAUCAAUCAUAUAUCUGGAAUCGGGUUGUGUCUGAACGUAUCAAGCGUUUUGGUUACGAUAAACCCUUGGCGGGAGAUUUGGUAUUAGUCGAUGCUUCGGAUGACGACACUGUGAAAACUCGCAAGCAAACUGCCAAACAACAAAACGCAGGACGUAGAGAUCCCAACGCUCGAAAAAUGCCCAAGAUAUUAAAGGAAUCAGAACUCGAGGAUUAUACCAUAGAUGAUGUCGUUUAUCCUUUGCCUGGAUCCAAGACCAAGUAUCCAAAGAAUGAGAUGGGUCAAUUUUACAAGGAAUUAUUAGCGCAGGAUGACAUGCAAACCGGCCACUUCCAAAAUCUGCCGGGCGAUUACAGAUACAUGAUGGCAAAGGCAAAAGAUCUCACUUGGUCAUUUGUCCGUUACGACGAUCCAAUGGCCAAGCUCUGUAACACGGACAUUGACAUAUUGAAAUCUGAAGCUCAGCCGAGUGCUGCAACUGGUAAACACCUGGCUCUUCGAUUAGAAUUCACCUUGGGAACCAGUCAAUACGCCACCAUGCUCUUGCGUGAAAUUAUGAAGGGCGAUACAUCGUCGCAGAGUCAAUCACGAUUGUUGCAUGCAUAAACGUUGCCCCUGCGCUUAGCACGCUGAGAAUAAAAUUUAUCGAGCUAUAGACGUUUUGAUU